AUGGCGAUUCUGUCCGACAACAAUAGGCUCAUCACAAUGGCUGAUCAGACGUCUCCUGAUUACUUCAGCUGCUCCUUGUGCCUGAAUCUUCUGCGGGACCCGGUGGCUAUCCCCUGUGGCCACAGCUUCUGUAUGGACUGCAUCAGUGGCUACUGGAAUGAGGCAGACUACACAGGAAUUUACAUUUGUCCUCAGUGUAAGAUCACAUUCACCCAGAGGCCUGUCCUGCGACCUAACGCCACUCUCAACAUGGUGGCUGAGAAGAUCAAAAAGAGUGGUUUGAACCUCAACCUAAGUACAUCUCAGGGAAACCUCUACGCCGGACCGACUGACGUGCCAUGUGACUUCUGUAUGGGGAAGAAGUUAAAAGCUGUGAAAUCCUGCCUGAACUGUCUGGCAUCUUACUGCGAGAAGCACUUGAGGCCUCAUUACGAAUCGGCCACUUUCAAAAGGCACAAACUGGUGGAUGAGUUGGGAAACCUGGACAGGAAGAUCUGCCCACAGCAUCAGAAGUCCCUGGAGCUUUUUUGUCGGACGGACCAGAUGUGUAUCUGCGCUAUCUGCACUGUCAGUGAACACCGAGGCCAUGAUAUUGUGUCUGCCGAGGCAGAGAGGGGCGAGAAACAGAAACUCUUGGGAGUCUCCCAAGCAGAGAUUAAGCAGAAAUGCCAGGAAAGGGUGAAGGAGCUAGAGGAAUUAAAGACCGCUGUGGAUUCACUGAAGAACUCAGCCCAGAGAGCAAUGGUGGAGAGCCAGAAGAUGUUUGAAGACAUGAUACGCUCCAUUGAGAGAAUGAGGUCAGAGGUGACCAAGCUGAUUGGCAUCAACGAGAAGGCUGCUUUCAACCAGGCCGAGGCUUUGAUCGAGCGACUGGAGCAGGAGAUCGAUGAACUGAAAAAAAAGGAGUCGGGCCUCAAGCAGCUGUACAGCACUGAAGACCACAUCCACUUUUUGCAGAACUUCAACUACCUCUGCACUCCAACUGAUGACGGCUUCAUACCGAAAGUGACGGUGAACCCUGACUUCUCCUUCGCAGCUGUCAGGAAAGCCGUGGCUGAGAUCAAGGAGCGCUUGGAGGAGUUUGGCAGGGAGGAGUUGCUCAAGAUCUCCAAGACAGUGAACGACGUCCCAAUCUACACCACCGAGAGUCGAACAUUAGACAGAAGGAGCAGAGGCAAAGAGAUGACCGUGGACAACACUCCUCCUCCAGAGCCAAAGACCAGGACUGAUUUUGUGAAGUACUUCUGCCAGCUUAAACUGGACCAUAGCACAGCCUACAAGGAGCUAUACAUCUCUGAAAAUAACAGAAAAGUAAUCCGCACCCGAGACCUGCAGCCCUACGGCGACGGCCCGGAGAGGUUUGACAGCUUUGCCCAGGUGCUGUGCCGAGAAGCCUUGUCCGGGGGCCGCUUCUACUGGGAGAUCGAGUGGAGUGGGGAGUUCUCCAUUGGGGUGGCCUACAAGAGCAUCAGCCGGAAGGGCAAAGGCUCGCUGUGCCUUCUGGGCUACAACGACAAAUCCUGGAGCCUCCUCUGCUCCGACACGGGUUACUCUGCCUGGCACAACCGGGUGGACAAAGCCGUCAACGGACCCCACUCCCCCAGGAUAGGUGUGUACCUGGACCACAGCGCAGGUGUGCUGGCAUUCUACAGCAUAAGCAGCACCAUGACCCUCCUGCACAGGUUCCAGACCAAAUUUCUCGAGCCCCUUUAUCCAGGAUUUGGAGUCGGAACAUCCGUCAAAAUCUGCAACAUCAAGUGAACGUAGAUUUUAUUGGGUUUUUAUAUUGUAAUUAUAUACAGCGAUGCUUUUUGAAAUAUAUAUAUUUUUGCAUCCAUCUUAAAAACAUAUCGAACCAGUUUAUAAGAUUUAUAUCGUUUAGUUUUGGAGGAAAAUAUUUUGCAUGCAUACACUUUUUUUAACUCUACACAAUGAAUUUUUUAAGAUGUUUUGCACUGUGCUGUCAAUUUUUUUUAUCUUCAUCUUCAAAACUUAUUGAAAUACAAUAUUGAAUAAUCAAAAAAGCACAACAUAUGUAAAGCUGUAUUUCUUUUGGUCACCUGUUGGUCCAAUGAAUGUCAUUAUCAGAGUCCAUAUGUAAUCUAUGUUGCAGUCUAUUUACUUCCAACUAUCCCAUUGAAACCUGAGUGGUAUAUUCUAAAUAAUAAUGUAAUUAUUGUAAUUUUGUCAUUUCAGUGUUGUCUGAUAUUUUUGCAUCAUUGUUUUGAAUAUAUUUCACUCAUUUGAAGGAUGUGUGUAAUAUAAUCAUUUUACUUUUCAUUUAAAGGUAUUAUUGCUACUAUUUCUUACAGAUUCAGGAUAAUAUUUCAAUGUCAUUUCAUCAGGCCUUUUAUUUGAUGUUUUGAUAUAAUUUUUUUCUUCCUUUUUGUCACUUGAACUAACUCUUAUUUAAUUUUCAACAUGUUUACCUACAUAAUGGAAAGCCAGAGUAUAAUUUCAUACAAAAAAAAGUUGUUUUGUGAGGAAAAUUUCCAUUGACCGUACCAAAUAAAGAACAAAAUGUGUUUUGUGUUGGACUCCCACAUUAAAUCCUUAA